GAGCCCUCCAAAAGAAAAAAUAUUAUCGAAUAUUAAAAGCCUUUUCCUCAUCGAUAGAAAUAGUGGAAUAUUAAAAACAAGCAAAAAGGAUUUUUCCAUUUUGCUACCCCGUCGUCGUCCACCAGCUUCUUCCUCCGGCCGCCGUAUCGUAGCCGAAUUGUCCCGCCCCGGGGCUCGCCUGCUUCUCCGGCCGGCGAGAGGUUGUUCCCGGUGAGCGUUCGUUCUCCUCCGCGCGGCUGAGGGGAUCCCCUUGGGCGCUCGGAAUUGGGGCGUGCAUGAUGGGAUUUUGGCUGAUUCCGAUGGAGACUCCGGCGAGGCUUCUGUGGAGCACCAGCUUCUUCCGCCACAAGAUCGCCGCCAUGCUCGCCUCCUCCUCCUGCUUCUUAUAGAUCCGAUCCCUCACCGUCGUCGUCGGCAGCCUAGCUUCUGCGUUGUACAUACGCCGGCGCACGUAUAGUUAAUUUCCUCUCCUAAGAAGUAAAUAAUAAUCUUCGAGCUUGGGUCUUGGAUCCAUGGAGUCCGGCCGGCUCAUCUUCAACGCCACGGGCUCUGGCGCCGGGCAGAUGCUCUUCCUGGACUGCGGCGCGGGCGGCGGCUUGUUCCAUCGAGUGAUGAAGGUGGGAGACCGAUGCUGGGCCUGGAAGAAGGGCGCGGCGUAAAGCGGCCCUUCUUCACCUCCCCCGACGAGCUCCUCGAGGAGGAGUACUACGACGAGCAGCUGCCGGAGAAGAAGCGCCGCCUCACCCCGGAGCAGGUGCAUCUGCUGGAGAGGAGCUUCGAGGAGGAGAACAAGCUGGAGCCGGAGCGCAAGACGGAGCUGGCGCGCAAGCUGGGCUUGCAGCCUCGCCAGGUGGCCGUCUGGUUCCAGAACCGCCGCGCCCGCUGGAAGACCAAGCAGCUCGAGCGCGACUUCGACCGCCUCAAGGCCUCCUUCGACGCCCUACGCGCCGACCACGACGUCCUCCUUCAGGACAACCACCGCCUCCGCUCGCAGGUGGCGUCGUUGACCGAGAAGCUGCAAGAGAAGGAGGCGACGGAGGGCGGCGCCGACGCCGAGGUGCUGCCGGUGGAUGUCAAGGCUUCCUUGGCCGAUGACAUCGAGGAGCCAGCCACGGAGGCGGCGGCGGCGUUCGAGGCGCAUCAGGUGAAGUCCGAGGACAGGCUGAGCACGGGCAGCGGCGGGAGCGCGGUGGUGGACACGGACGCGCUGCUGUGCGGCCGGUUCGCCGCCGCGGUCGACAGCAGCGUGGAGUCCUACUUCCCCGGCGGCGAGGGCCACUACCACGACUGCGGGAUGGGCCCCGUCAACCACUGCGCGGGAGGGAUCCAGUCGGAUGACGACGGCGCGGGCAGCGACGAGGGGUGCAGCUACUAUCCCGAAGAAGCCGAAGCCGCCGCCGCCGCCGCUGUCGCCGCCGCGUUCUUCGCCGGACACGCCCACCCCCACGCCGACGACGACGAGGACGCCAGUCAGAUCGGCUGGUGGAUGUGGAACUAGACAUUCUUCCCACGCCGAUCGACCGUCAAAUCUUGUGCUGUCAAAAUCUCGUGCCUCUUUUCUUUCGCAAACGUUGCUGUAACAUGGUGAAUUCCUAGCUGUGAUUAUGGAGAAGGUGUAUGCAUGCAUGGUAGGGUAAAAUUGGGCAAUUAAUAUUGUUAAUCCCAAUCAGAUGUGGCGUUCGAGAAGAUUAAGAGAGUUGGGGUGAGAAAUAAGUGCAUGGAGACAAGUACUCUUUUUAUUGCACAGUACAUUACUAGCAUGUCAAAUGAGAUUCAGUCACCAUCAUCAUCAUGUCGUUUCUGUUUUUCUUUGUCAAUACCAAUUGGAGUUCUUAAAUGCACUUUA